CUCACUGCACGUUACGUGCAUGGCCCACAUAAUGAACCUCAUCGGUGAUGCCUUCCGCAGACCUUUUGACCAGCUAAAUUCAUUCAUGCUCAGCUUUUCGCAGAUGUUUUACCAUGCUGGCUCUCGGAAAAGAAGAUACCUCCAGUUCAUGUCAGGAAAACAUCCUACCAGACAAAAGGCAACCAUGGCUCCAAAUCCCUGUGCUACACGGUGGAACUCCUGGUUCAAAGCCGUGCAAUACCACUCAGAGCACUUUAAACUCUACAAGGAGUUCAUAGAGAUGGAAAUAAAGGUGAGUGGCAGCAGUGCACCGCAGUCUGUGGAGAGACUCCAUGAGAUGCUACAGAAUGAAGACAUGGCUCAGUGUCUCCAGGUUCAGCUCAGCAUCAUGGCAGAUAAGUGUAAACAUAUUCUACAGCUACUUGACAUCUUUCAGAGCAGGAAACCUAUAACCACCAAGGUUUUUGACUACUUCGAGGAUCUACAGAUGAACUUUACUGCAAACAAGGAGUUACAGUAUGAAUCCUGUGCUGAGCACUUUGAAGGACUUGAUGUCCAUCAUGCCACCAAAACACACAUCCUCAACUUAGUGCAUCUAGCGUACAGCAAUGCAGAGGAAAAACUCACGAAGUACAUGUCAGAGGGACAACCUGCCAUCAACUUCCUUCGAGAAGUCAGAGUGUUUGACCCUCGUUACAUUUCAUUCAUGGAGAACAGUGUUUCUGGCUACACACACAUCCCAGGCUUCAGUGCUGUCCCCAAUGAUGAGUUUGAUGCCUACUUCCAACGCCUGGGUCCAGCAGCACUCAAAGCGUCAGCAUGUGGAGUGGUAGAUCUAGAUGUGUUUUGGGAUGGGCUUCUCGAGAGACUUCCUGUCCUCAGUGCCUUAGCCAAACGAUACAAGGAUGUCAUCGUGAACUCAGCAGAUGCUGAAAGAAGCAACAGCCUUUACAAGCUUGUGCUAUCAAGCAGAAGAAGAUCAAUCACUAACAGCAACCUCAAAGCCUUGGUCUUCUUGUACCACAAUCAGCGACUCACUAGUGGAGUGUUUGAGAGGGAUGAGCUCGAGAUCGAUUGUGGGCCCGACUCUGAGGAUGAAGUGGAGGACAGUUUGGAUACUUAGGAAGUUAGCGUUCAAGAAUGAACUUGUCUUACCAUUCUAAUGAAUGAUUUGAUUGUUGACGUGUUUUAGUCUGCA